ACCGCAACGACCCAACACCCUCGAACGAUCAUGUCUCAAAAAGCGAUCCUGGACAAGCUAGCGAGAUACCGGACGGUAGGCGCUCGGAACUCGGAUCAGGUGCUCGAGCUCGGUGACCGUGCAUUAAGAGGUGGUAGUCUCGGUGAUCAGGAAUGGGCCGUAAGGGAACAGGUAGCCAUUGCCGCUCUAGAUCUACAACGAUUAGAUCUGGCCGAGACCCAGAUCUCCACCUUACAGAAGAAGUUCCCUAAAUCUCCCCGAAUCGCCGUUCUGCAAGGACUGAAGCUCGAGGCACAGGGGGACUAUGAUGCGGCCAAGAACCUCUACGUAGCCCUGCUUGGUCUGGACGGGCCGGAAAAGGGAAAGGGCAAGGCGGCUAAUUCGAUCUGGAAAGGCGACACAGACGAGACAUUCAUCACCGCUCAUCAGCGGCUCAUCACUCUGGCCCUCUAUCAACCUCUGGAAUCGAGCAAUGUCACAAUCAAUGCGUUUUCAAAUCCCACACCUCAACACAUCGCACGAACCGUUCCCUUGUUGGUGAAAUACCUCGACACGUUUCACACCGACGCAGAUGGCUGGUCUUUGCUGGCCGACCUUUACCUGCUGCUCUCCGGUUGGGAUCAGCUCGAUGGGGCCUACGCGAAGGGACAGAUCGUACAGAAGUAUUUCCCUCAGGCGGAGAUGCGGGAACCGGUGCCAGCAAAAGGACGAGGUGAUCAAUACUUGCAACAAGCCAUGACGUGUCUCGCCCACCGGAUGACGCUAGAGCCAUGGGAUUGGAUGACCAUGACGCGGUACGGAGAGACGGCGCUGAUGUUUGGGGACGUGACGAUGGCGUACAAGACUAUUUUGAGAGCGGUCGAGAUGGCUACCGAUCCGGGCGACGCCUUGAUCCCGGAAAACAUGGUCGAGCAGACGUCUGAAUCAAUGUCAGAUCUACCGGGCGUCUUACAGUUGGCAGGUUGGAAAUCGCGAGUCUGGUGGGAUUUGAAACUCUGUACCACCUGCCUUCGGCGGAGCGACUUUGAAGACGCAGUCCCGUCUUUAUCUCCCUCGGCGGUUGAACACGUCGAUGCCGUGGACGCGCUCGUGGAUCAGAAGUUGACCGAGAUGCUCGGGGCGCAAGCUUUGCAAGUAUGGAGUCAUGCAGUUGGCGCCGCAUGAGAUGGCGGAGAUUGAGAUUUAAUUUGUAGAAAUAUGUAUCCUCCGGAUGUAUACCCUUACGCACGAAUAGAAUAUUGCUAGCAUCAACAUAUACCGUUAUCGGUCAUGCAAGGAUGA